UGUACGGUGGCUGAAGAAGGACAGUGUAGUGAGAGCGAAGCGCACAUUUUUCUUGCUGUGGCCUUUAGUGUAGGGUAUCCAAUGGCGCAGAGUGCUCCGCCACCCUUUGAUCCCAGCCAUCCGCCGGUCGUCGAAGGCUUUACGCCCAGCGCUUACCAAAGCCGCGAGGAGACAUUUAAAGAUAAAUUUCUACGCAAGAGCCGUGAGAAUCCCCUUGUGCCCAUAGGCUGCCUUGGCACAGCAGGAGUUUUGACCUAUGGACUCAUCUGUUUCAAGAGGGGCAACACUCGCCAGUCCCAAGUUAUGAUGCGGGCACGUGUUCUAGCCCAAGGCUUCACCAUUGCUGCCCUAAUGGUGGGGGUGGUUAUUACAGCAAUGAAACCACAGAAGUGAACCUACUGCCAGUAUCCAGUAAUAGCCUACUAUACAGCAUAGAAAUGGGUCUUUCUAUCCUGGAGAAGAGCACUUGUCAAAGCUUAGAGAGUGAUGUUUCAGUGAUAUUUUUAGAAUGACCAUCAUGUCCCAGUGUGUUUUCAAGUGUUUCUUAAAUACCAUUGAAUACAUUCAGAUGAUUCAACCUUGCCAUCUGUGUAUGAAAUAUUUUUUGAGUCCAUUGAUACAGCCUUGUUCUAAGGUCAUCUUUGCCAACAAGGCCAAUAUCUUAAGUCCCUGGUAUUAGUAAAGCUUAUCAGAAGAAGUGUCUUUACUGCCUUCUGGGCAGUGGAAUAGUUCAAAACACAGUGGAAAUACUUAAGUUUUACGCAGGGCCCUGGGGCAGGGAGUGGCCAGUAAUAAAAUUUGAAUAGUAGGGAACAGCUCCUCUGAUUAUGGUUGCUUUUUCUUAACUCAUGUUUAUGUCCAGUAGGGUAAUGGUGAAAAGGCAGUGUGAUCUAUAAAACCAUGUUCCCAUUUCAACUUGAACUACAACCAAAGUCUAAGUUUGCUUACUGUUCUCUUUGCCAGCUGUCAGUCUGUACAUGUUAAAAAGCACAUGCUGCUUUUUAAAUAUUAUUUUAUGGGGAACUUGUGCCAGCUUCUAGCCAGCUGCUAUCAGUUUCAAGAGUAUUCAGGCUGCUGGCUUGAAAGGGAAGGAUAGGGAAAAGAAGAUAAAACAUAUGCCUCGAGAAAACAGUAACAUGACUUGAACUGGUACAUGGUUUAUGUUCAGUCGUCUGUGAUUGACACACGGGGUGCUGCAAUGGACGUGUGAAAAGGACCUCUCAAAAUAGCUGUGCGGCUUAGAGUGCAGGGUGUAAGUGAAGACACAUGAAAUGGAGUGAUGGGAAAAAGUUUAUUUUCAAAGUGCUGUUUAAUAUACAACCAUUCCGUGUAUAAAGUACAGUUACGGCUGUCCGUAGGCAGAGUUGGAAUUGCUCUUCAGUGUACCUGAGUAGUAAUUGUUGCUUUAUAGAGCAAGCCAUGUUGCAUCCUCACCAGCCUCUGGGCAUCCAUAUACCAUUGUAUUAUUGCAGAGUUAGGGGGUAUGUUUGUUUUUGGUAAGAGAAACCUUGUUUACUAUCCAAUUGUAGGAUUUUAGAGCAAACCUUAGCUAUUUUCUGUGUCCAACAAUAAAGUGUGAGAUUGAGAAAAUGUGUGUGAGAGGAAGGGUUUGGUCUAUCUAGCAUUUUCCCCAUCCUUUCUAUUGACACAUACUUUGCUAGUCAAUGAGAAAAAGCAAACACCAUCAGAGUUGUUCAGAAUGGCACCCUGUACACCCAAGAUGUUGCAUCACUCUCAGCACUGGAGUCUAAUACUGUGUUGGGAGGACCCUACGUUUUUGUGUACAAACGUAAUUAUAACCCCAGGCAGGUAACAGCUAUGGAAAAAUCUGGGAAGAUAGCAAUUUGAAUUGAGCAAAUGAAGACUUUGUGGUAAAAGCUUUUUGAUGACCCCACUGUUAAAGCCCAUUACUGUGCAUUAGAGCAGUUUAGCUUUUGUUUUGCCAAGUUGUCACCCAGUAUAGUAGCAGUAGCAUGAUCAUUUGGCACAUCUGAACCUGACUUAAAGAAGGGUUGGAUUUAAUUGAGCUUGGCUUCCAUUUCAGCUGUUUCAUCCACUAUGGAUUUUUGUUGUUCUGUUGAAAACUACAAAUUGCAGCUAAAGCCUGUGCCAAGAGGACUGGUAUUUUGCAUGUUCAUUCAGAAGUCAGUUCUACUAAAGCCAUUGGUUCCUACAGCACCUGCUUAGAAAUCUGAGUUCAAUGGGACUUAUUCUCAAGUGUUGCAUAGGAAGUAUAGCCUGAGUUGUAUGUUAAUUACCCAGCAACUGCAUGAAUUGUAACCGGCAGGUUUAUGAAAUCAUUAACUAAGCCAAACUUUAUAAGGCCAAAGUGGAGACGCAAGAGGAAUAGCACUGUGCCUCUUGUCAUGUCAGAGACAUGAGUAACCUGCAUAUGGCUGGAAUACUUGUAGCCAAGUAGCAUGCACUGCCUGCCUGCUUUACCUUCUUUCCUCAUAAGGAGUGGCUUGUCUUGGCGUUACAGCUUGGAAGUUAGUUCACUGCAGUGUUCUACAGUCAGUUUAAACAAAGUAGAACUAGUUGGUAUUUUUAAAUAUUCGGUCCUACUUGCUGUGUCAUACUUACUGGUUUUAAGAGUUCCAGACAUUUCAGAAGACUGGCCUCCUUAACAUAAUAGAGAACUUCUUAUAUGCCAACCUUACCAAUAAAAUUUCAACUGGUUCUCAUUUUUCCAUCUACUGUUGUUUGUAAGAGAUGCUUAGCACCGUACAGCACCAGAUGUAAAAUACAGUAUUUGUUUAUGCACAAGUUCAGGUGAUGCUGAGCUUGUAUCAACAGUAAAAAAUUUACUGACAGUCAAUACAAAAGGCACCCCCCCCCCUUCAGUGGGAGAAAAGGGGGAAAGAAAAGGCAUUCUCAAGAACACUAAAUAUAGAUGUUACAUCCAGUUUGCAGUGAGCUCCUUAGCUAAGGCACAAAACAAUCCUUUCUAAUGAAUUGCUUGCCAGACGUAAUGCAAGUUACCCUGAGAUGAAUAGGUAUAUAUAUGCAGACAGGAGGUAAGCCACUUUUUAUGGAUUGGUAAGACAUACUUGUGUGCACAGUUCAAACUAAGAUGCUUGAACAACCUCUUCUUUCACACAGGGUGACUAGAGUGUGCUAAAGGAUAUUCUCUCACUCUUCCAGAGAGUGUUCAAAAAUUUAAAGUGAUGGUUCAGAUCUGUCAGUUCAUAUGAGAAGAAAACAUACACUAAAUAUUAAGUGUGCAUUAUUUUCUUCAAGAGAGAAGUGUGAUGGAGAAACUUGUUUAAAAAUGAAAUAACACUAUUCUCUCCCUUGUUGUUAAAUGUUGUUCUCAAAGGCUGCUGAGACACACAUUUUCUUUUGUGAGCUUCUCAUAUGGAGCUUUGCUAAGGAUGCACUUACAGGCACACCUUAUCUGAUCACAAACCCAUCUGAAUAGAACGCCUAGAACCAGGCUGUAGGUGUCUUAUAGAGCAUAUUCCAAAUGCCCAUUCUGAGGAAGGGAUUCAGACUGGCCAUAUUUCUAGCAGAAAUGUUUGCUAGGCCCAGAGCCCAAGAUCUGUGUUAAUUGUCCCCUGCAAUCCCCAAAUUACAACAGAUAAAAAUGUGGAAAUAAAGCAUUCCGCGACUCUUAGCUCUGUGGCUGGAGUAGGGGCAGUUUAUUGAUAACAGAUGAUUUAACAGAUCUUGAAGCUGGGGUGGGGGUGGGGAAACAGGACAGCCCUAGGCAAAGCUUCCCACCUCUCCUGAAUGCCACCUCUGCUCUUCCUGGCAUUUGUGACAGAGGAUCAAAGGGCAGUGAAUGUCAGGGGCAACAGGGUAACUCCAAGCAGGGCCUGUGUCUUGCUAUUCGCAAAGGCUGACGAAGAGAGAGCCUGAUUAACGUGGGCUGUGGCAACCAGUUGGAUCAUCAGUGCUUACAGAUAGCAGCCUGUCUUUCUUGUCUAGGCUGUGAACUGCUCUGUAGCAAACAGUAGGAGAGGCUGCAGCUGCCAGUGCGUCUUCUGUCCCCCACCUUACAGUGUGGCCCUUCUCUGCCUUCACUUCUGUGUGAUUUGUAUUAUCUACCCACCCCCACACCCCCCAGCUUUUUUUUUUUUUCUUUUUUUGCUUGUGUCGAGGGCUGACUUUCAAUAGAUCGCAGCGAGGGAGCUGCUCACACCCCAGCUUUUGAAGAAAUAAUAUCCAGAGAAAACAUACCCCUACACACACACAAAAAAACCCAUGGCAAUUUCAUGUUUUUUCUGCACUUUUGCCUCCUUUCUGCAGCCAGCUGAGAACAUAGUGCGACUGCCACAAAUGCCAAAUCUCAGUUCAGCAUACUUUAAACCAGUAGGAGCUAGGCCUGGGAUAUGAUGCACUGAGGACUUGCCCAUUGUUUAGAUCCUCAUAUGGCAAGUCUCCCCCCUAUAUUACCAGUGUUCAUUUUUAUGGAGUCUCCUUCUGAACCUCUGCAGCUCCUGAUUGCCAAGAAACACACAUUUUGUCAAUCACCUUCCCUACUAGAAUAUCCGCACUACUUUCUUUCAAGUGCCUCAGGGUGGGAAAGUGAUGUUGUAAAGUAACCACAUGAGGACUUUAGCAUGUUAUAAAUAGGAAAAAGACAAAAGGUCCAGAUCAGUCACUGUAAAAUCUUCAGGGGGUGACUUUAUCCCAUUCUUUUGCAGGGCGAGGCACUGGUAUGACUUAGCCCAGGGCUGGAAAAUUCAAACGUUAUCAGAGAAUAUGCUUGAAAUAGCUGGGCGACUGCCAGUCUUCCUAUGCGGAGCGUUUUCUCACAAAUACCUCCAUGUGGAGAUAUGAGUUGAUGCCACCACAUGAGGACCCUGUACUGAACAAUGUGCCUGUGAAUAAGUGAUCAGAAAAGCCAGCUCUAUGCAAAGUCAGCUUGGGUGGGGAAGUGAACUCCGUUAACGGAUGUUGAAUUUAUAGCUUGAUUUUAUGUGUCCUUCCUAGCACAAAUAUAUUAAAAUUAAGACUAAAUACUGCCAGUUCUGCUACCUCUAAUAGGCUGUAUUU